ACCUACAUGUGCCGGAGACAGAGGCUGGCAGAGGAUGCUGCGAGGAAGCCGCCGCCUGGAGCGGUCCUUCCCUUGGAGGAUGGGGAGCUGCCGCGGCGCGCGGGGCGGGGCGGGGCGGGGCCGGCGGUGACGUGGGCGUUGUCUUCUGUCCUGCCCACCUCGAUGGAGGCGGGGACCCAGUGUCCCAGUCCGACCUGGUCUGCGCUGCUGGAGCUGAGACGCUCCGCGGCGAUGGGUGCUUUGGUUAAGCGCAGCAGCUUCCUGGCUCACGGCUUGCUGCAGCACCAAGUGGCCAUUGUGAGCGGCGGGAGCACGGGCAUCGGAAAGGCCAUCGUCACCGAGCUCCUGCGCCUGGGGUGUAAUGUGGUCAUUGCAUCUCGGAACUUUGAUAGAUUGAAAUCUGCUGCAGCUGAGCUGAAGGCCAGCCUGCCCCCCUCCAACCAGGCUCAAGUCACUCCCAUAAAAUGCAACAUCCGGAGAGAAGAGGAGGUGAAUAAUUUGGUCAAAUCCACCUUAGAUAUUUACGGUAAAAUCAAUUUCUUGGUAAACAAUGGAGGAGGCCAGUUCCUAGCUCCUGCUGAACACAUCACUGCAAAAGGGUGGCAUGCCGUGAUCGAAACCAACCUGACGGGCACCUUCUACAUGUGCAAAGCAGUUUAUAAGUCCUGGAUGAAAGAGCAUGGAGGAUCUAUUGUCAAUAUCAUUAUCCUUACUAAAAAUGGAUAUCCGGGAAUGUCGCACAGCGGAGCUGCCAGAGAAGGUGUUUACAACCUCACCAAAACCUUAGCUCUGGAGUGGGCCAGCAGCGGAGUGAGGAUUAACUGUGUUGCUCCUGGAAUCAUUUAUUCCCAGACUGCUUUUGACAAUUAUGGAGAUUUGGCACACGAUCAAUUUGGAGGAUAUUUUCAGAAAGUCCCAGCUAAAAGAAUUGGAGUUCCUGAGGAGGUCUCCCCCUUGGUGUGCUUCUUGCUGUCUCCUGCAGCUUCCUUUAUCACCGGACAGCUAGUGGCCGUGGAUGGGGGCCAGUCUCUGUACACUCACAUGGAAGAGAUACCAGAUCAUGACAACUGGCCUGAAGGACCAGGGGACCUUUCUGUCGUCAAAAAGAUGAAGGAGGCUUUUAAGCAGAAAGCCAAGCUCUAAGCCAAGGAAACAAGGAGGUGUCCUUUGUGUCCAAAUGCCUUAACAUUUUGAGAAUGCACUUCUGGACUUUACAGGAGCUGAUAAUUUGUAUGGAAAAAUCACUUUCUGCUUUUUUUACUAACAGUUAUGUCUAUGCAAAAACUACUCCUGAAAGAAAUGCAUUUGUAAGUCCCAACAAAUGCCCUUUAGCCUGUGAUUAAAAAACAAUUUUAGGGGCCAGCCCCGUGGCCGAGUGGUUAAGUUUGAGUGCUCUGCUUCGGCGGCCCAGGCUUUCCCCGGUUCGAAUCCUGGGCGCUGACAUGGCACCGCUCAUCAAGCCAUGCUGAGACGGCAUCCCACAUGCCACAACUAGAAGGACCCACAACUAAAAAUACACAACUAUGUACCGGGGGGCUUUGGGAGAAAAAGGAAAAAUAAAAUCUUUAAAAAAAACCCCAAAACAAAAAAACCAUACUCAGGCUCUAAUCACGAUAAUAAGAAAUUAGAGAAAUUAAAUCAUUUAAAAAAAAUUUUAGGAAUGGAAAUUAAUACACUCUUAUUAUACUUUUUAUUUCUAAGAAAGGUAUUUGAAAAGUGAAAUAAUUGCAAAUUAAUCAUAGAGGUCUCAUGAUCUCCCAAAAGGUUUUAAUAUUUAAUUGUAAGGGUAAGCAAUAAAUCCAAGUUAUGGCAUCGUUAUGAUUCUUACUAGAGUUAUGCUGUCACUCAUCUUUGGUGGCAAACACUUUCGAAUCAAUAAAGCUUUAUGGUAAUUAUCAA